AUGGGGGAAGACCCCACGGGAAUUGUUUAUGAAAUUUACAUUUCAAACUAAUGCAAUUAUAUCUUCAUAAUUUGGGUCUCUUUUGCUUAUACACUCGAAUGAUUUGAGCUCAAGAUAAACAUGCUCUUUUCAGUCUGGGUGAUUUUACCUGUAAAACAAAGCUGAAGCUUAUUCAGUCUCCCACUCACGCCCCCCGGUAAAAGGGGUUUCCUCUGAUUCUUCAGUUUCAUGCGAUUUUCCAUGAUGGAAAAUGAUGUUUCCUUUGUAGUAAGAUGAGAGAUUUAGGGGUCGAUUCAGUUUAUAGAAAAAAUUAGAGACAGAAAGCCAGCUAUACUUUUGUUGGUUUGGGAAAAUCUAGAGAGAGAGAGAGAGAGACAACCGGGUUUGGUUUUGUUGUUUUGCUUUUGUCGGGCACUUUUAGCUGUUAAGGAGGAUUUCCAUUAUGGAAGCGAGAGAAAAAGUGUUUAUUUGGGAUUUUCAUUGUUUUAGAGACAGAUUCCUGGGGUUUUGAUGGUUAAAGUUUCUUAUUAUGACGGACAGAAUAAGCACUGUUUGAUAAUGUUGGUUGAGCCAGAAAGUAGAAUGUUCUUGUUUUGGGGCUAAAGGAGGUCAGUGAGUUUCUUAAUAAGUUUAUUCUGAAUUGAAGGUGAUGCUGUUUAAUGGAAGAGCGAGUCUUUAAGAUUUCUUAGCAUGGCUGUGGUGAGUCCUGUGCCUGCAAUCCCACGAAGUUUCGGUUCUGUGAGGUUGCCUCAAGAUUUUGGGGUCACCAGCAACAUGGCUGGGAUGGGAGAAAUUGUAGAGGAGCCUGAAACAGGUGUGGUUAAUGACACUAUCUACGUUGCUGUGACAAAAGAUUUGAAAGAGAGCAAGUCAAAUCUGACAUGGGCGAUACAAAACUCUGGAGGAAACAAGAUUUGCAUCCUCCAUGUUCAUGUGCCUGCAACUAUGAUCCCCUUGAUGGGUACUAAAUUUCCGGCCAGUUCACUGAAAGAAGACGAAGUUGAAGCAUAUAGGGAACUUGAAAGGCAAAACAUGCAUAAGAGUAUAAAUGAAUAUAUUCUCUUCUCUUCACGAAUGGGGGCCCGGGCAGAGAAGUUGCAUAUUGAAAUGGAAUGCGCUGAGAAAGGUAUUGUAGAGCUUGCCUUUCAGCAUGGCAUCCGUGAGCUUGUCAUGGGAGCAGCAUCUGAUAAUCGUCAUUCUAGGAAAAUGAUGGACCUCAAAUCUAAGAAAGCCAUUUAUGUGCGGGAACAUGCUCCAGCUUAUUGUCAAAUACGGUUUGUCUGCAAAGGGCGCCUUAUACACAAUAGAAAUCGCUGUUUGGGUGAUGGUAAUGAAGAGGCUGCAUCACCUUUGCCGCAGCAUAGGCCAAGCCCUGUGCAUUCACUUCACCUGAGAUCCCAAUCUAUUACGUUGGGGCAGAAUGAUCGGGCAAGACUCAUCAAUGAAAAGCUUGAGUUACUUCGCAGAGCAAGGUCUGCUAUUGCUGGGCAAGAACGCAAAACAGUGAUCUUUUCUUCUCCAGACACUGAAGGGUUUUCCAGUCCAAGUAACAGAUUGAGUGCAGAAGUUAGUAGUGAUGGGUCAGACGGGCUGUUAAGAAAGAGUCCUUCAGUUUUCUCAACAUGUUCUGAAAGUGGAACUGCUGAAGUGGCAUUGACUCCAAAAUUGAUUUCUGAGGGGAGUGAGAAUGUGAUAGACUCAAGUGAAUUUUCUCCAGCUAUAGCAAGCCUCUGUCGUUCAUCUCCUCCUAGCGUACUGCUACUCCUAAUUUCAAGCAAUGGAGGAAUGGAUGAUACUCUCUACUAUCAGCUUGAACAGGCCAUGUCUGAAGCUGAGAGUGCAAGGCGGGAUGCCUUUCGAGAAACACUUAAGCGUGGGAAGGCUGAAAAAGAAGCAGUUGAUGCUAUGCGCAGGGCUAAAGCCUCUGAAAGCUUGUACAAAGAGGUACUCAAACAAAGGAAACAAAUUGAGGAAGCACUAGCAAAAGAAAGAGAAGAACUUGAAGGGAUGAAGAGCCUGAGAGACAAAGUUAAGGAAGAACUUAGACUUGCCCUAGAUCAAAAGAUGUGUUUGGGGAGUCAAAUUGAAUCAUCUGAAUUCAUGGUAAGGGAGUUAAAACAAAAGAUUAUAUCUGUUGUGGAUCUGUUGACAAUAUGCAAGAAAGAAAGAGAUGAGUUACAGAUGCAGCGCAAUGAUGCAUUAAAAGAAGCCGAGGAGUUGAGGAAAAUAAAAGAAGACGUUUCAAGCACACAUGGGCCUGAGUUGUUUUCAGAGUUCUCUUUUCAAGAGAUUGAACAAGCAACGAGGAACUUCAAUUCAUCCCUAAAGAUUGGAGAGGGUGGAUAUGGAAAUAUCUAUAAAGGUGUCUUGCGUCACACCGAAGUGGCCAUAAAAAUGCUGCACGCAAACAACUCCUCACAGGGUCCCGCAGAGUUUCAACAGGAGGUUGAUGUGUUGAGUAAGUUAAGACAUCCGAACCUUAUUACACUCAUAGGAGCAUGCCCAGAAUCCUGGACUCUUGUCUACGAGUACCUCCCAAAUGGAAGCCUCGAAGACCGGCUCAACUGCAAGGAUAACACGGCUCCUCUAUCAUGGCAAGCUCGAAUCCGCAUUGCUGCUGAGCUCUGCUCUGCUCUCAUCUUCCUUCAUUCCUUUAGGCCUCACUGCAUAGUGCACGGAGACUUGAAACCCUCAAAUGUUCUACUUGAUGCAAACUUUGUUAGCAAGCUCGGUGACUUUGGAAUUUGCCGCAUAUUACCCAAUAUUGAGAGUUCAGGUGAUGAUACUACAGAUUGUUGGAGAACUAUUCCAAAGGGCACUCUAGUCUACAUGGAUCCCGAAUUUCUCGCUUCCGGGGAACUCACUCUGAAAUCAGAUGUUUAUUCAUUUGGCAUCAUAUUAUUAAGAUUGUUGACUGGGAGACCAGCCUUGGGAAUAACAAAGGAAGUGCAGUACGCAUUAGAUUCUGGAAAGUUUCAAUCCCUCUUGGAUUCUUUGGCCGGAGACUGGCCAUUUGUGCAGGCUGAACAGUUGGCUCGUGUGGCUCUGAGGUGUUGUGAGUUGAGCCGGAAAAAUCGGCCAGAUCUCAGGUCAGAUGUCUGGAAAAUACUGGAAGCGAUGAGUGCUUUUUCUGGAGGCACAUACUCCUUCAAGCCAGGUUAUGAAGGGUCUGACCAGCCUCCUUCAUAUUUUAUUUGUCCAAUCUUUCAGGAAGUGAUGCUAGAUCCGCAUAUCGCAGCAGAUGGUUUUUCUUAUGAAGGUGAGGCUAUACGAGGAUGGUUCGAUAGUGGUCACUCCACGUCACCCAUGACAAAUGCGAGGCUUGAACACCAUAAUCUUGUCCCGAACCAUGCUCUUCGUUCCGCAAUUCGGGACUGGCUACAACAUCACUGAACAAGUUCUCUCUUCCCACUUCCUGUUGUUUAUAUUUUACCAGUUUUUUGGGAAAAAGUUCGGUACAUAGAUUUCUUCAAUCAAUUUUGUUACAAUGAACCGUGUAUCCAAGCUGUGUUGUUGUAUAGCUUAGAUCAUUAUUUGGGAAAAAGUAGGAUGGUUCAGAUAUUCUAGAUCUUUGUAGAUUGGAUUUAAUUAUAUAUUUACUAGUCAUUAAAUAUGAAUUUUUAUUUAUCAAA